AUGGAGCUAACGAUGGAGAUUCCCACCGCUGGACCGGAAACGUACUGCCGUCUUUGCCUGGGUAAGGACAGCUUGCUGGGAGUGUUUUCGUCGAAUCCCGAUGAUACCCACAGUUCGACCGAGCUGGUGAAGAAAAUCUACGAAUGCACCAACAUUAAGCUUUCCUCCACGGUGGACGCGGGAUGUGCCAUCUGUCACCGGUGUCUGCAGGCGGUGCAGGAUUUCUACCACUUUCGCGUGCGCAGCAACAAGGUGAAUGAUCUCAUCCAAGUAACGACGGUCGUUGCGAAUGGUGACGAUAGUGGCAGUGAUGCGACGCGCUAUUCGCCAACACCCUCGAAACAAACAGCACCGAGCGGCAAAUCGGUCACCUCUUCAACUCCAACGCCCGCCGUGCGGAAGCAUCACCACUGCCGAUACUGUCCAAAAUCGUUCCGCACGGUGGCCGCAUUAAAGGAGCACGGUAAUAGGGCACACCUGGCCGGGAAGCAACACCACUGUCCCAACUGUUUGGCACAGUUCCAGCAUGCACCGUCCCUGGCAAGGCACGUCCGGAGCCGUAGCUGUUUCGCCUUUAGCAAAUAUCGGUGCCGGGUGUGCAGUGAAAGCUUUCACGGGCGUGAACAGUGGGCUGACCAUAUUCAGAUUCACGCAAAGGACUUUCCGUACCAGUGCCCGGACUGUUGGUCACAGUUUAAGCAUAAGGCUACGCUGCGACGUCACGCCAAUACCGUCCAUUUGCUGGUGAAGGUUUAG